AUGGAUGUAAUUUUACAAACAGAUGAACAGCUCGUUGUAGCUGCCCCUACUGGGUCUGGGAAGACUGUUCUAUUUGAACUCGCAAUCGUUAGACUAUUGCAGAAAAUAGAUCAGAUGGAGAAUUUUCAAGAUUUUAAAAUUGUCUACAUGGCUCCUGUCAAAGCUCUGUGCUCAGAGAAGUACCAAGACUGGGUGGACAAGUUCAGUAGGCUGGGGAUCAACUGUUUAGAAGUAACAGGUGACUUUGACAACCUUGACUUCAACGACAUAAAACAAUAUCAGCUGAUUUUGACCACACCAGAGAAGUGGGACUCACUGACCAGAAGAUGGAAGGACCACUCUGUGAUAGUGCAGCAGAUCAAACUGUUUCUCAUUGAUGAGGUCCAUUUACUAAAUGAGGAGAAGAGAGGAGCAGUGUUGGAGGUUGUAGUCAGCAGAAUGAAGACUAUUCAGGAGACGGUGGACAGAUCUUUCCAAGUGAGGUUCAUUGCAGUGUCUGCCACCAUACCUAACAUUGAGGACAUAGCUCUCUGGCUGGGCAACCCACAAAAACCUGCGGUUUACGAAAAGAUAGGUGAGGAAAUGAGACCAGUCACUCUCAGGAAGAUCGUCAAAGGUUAUCCUUCACAUCCAAACCAGAAUCCUUUCGUGUUUGAUCUAAAAUUGAGCUACAAAUUAAAGCAAAUCAUAUUUGAACACUCGAACAGCAAGCCAACUUUGAUAUUCUGUUCCACUCGCAAGGGUGUUCUUCAGUCAGCAAAAGUUCUGGUGAAAGAAAUCUCAAUUAUUUUAUCACCUGUUCAAAGACAGAAAUUAGAGGAAAUAUCCGCUCAAUUGUCCGACAGCCAGAUAGCCGAAUACCUUCUGCUUGGGGUCGGCUGUCAUCAUGCUGGUCUGACUACUGAAGAUAGGACUUUGGUCGCUGAUCUGUUUCGAUGCGGAUACAUGCCAAUUCUGAUUGCCACCAGCACUUUAGCUAUGGGUGUCAACCUGCCAGCCCAUCUAGUCAUCAUCAAGGGCACACAGCACUAUAUGGGAGGAGUGAUGCAAGAAUACGCAGAGGGACAAAUACUGCAGAUGAUGGGACGAGCCGGCCGACCACAGUUUGAGACAAGUGCUACUGUCGUCAUAAUGACCAAGAAUGCAACCAAGGACAAGUACGAGAAGCUAGUGGAUGGUAAGGAGCUGGUGGAGAGCUGUCUACAUCGCUUCCUAGAGGAUCAUCUCAACGCAGAGAUCAUCCUGAACACCAUACAGGACGUAGCCAUGGCUACUAACUGGAUUAGGUCCACCUUCCUGUACAUCCGAGCACUGCGCAACCCUUGUCAUUACGGCUUGCCUAAGGACCUGUCCAAGGAUGUCUACGAGUCUAGACUCGUUGGGAUCUGCAUGAGGGCACUGAAUAGUUUGGUACGUUUUGGACUUGUGACCAUUGAUACCAACGGUUACGACAUUCAGGCUACUGAGAAGGGAUCUCUCAUGGCUCGUUAUUACAUUGGGUUUCACACCAUGAAAAUAUUUUCUCAGGUGAAGGGCACAGAGGAUCUUCCUCAGAUGCUGGAGGUGCUGUGUCAGUGUCAUGAGUUUGCUGAUGUCAGACUGAGAGUGGAUGAGAAGGUGACACUAAACAGUCUCAGUUGCAACAAACACGGUCCUGUUGUUCGCUUUCCUAUUGACGGUCGAGUUAAAACCAAGGAAAUGAAGGUCAACAGCUUGAUUCAGGCACUCCUCAGCUGUGUUCCCAUCAAUGACCCAUCUCUGAAUCAGGAAGCUGCGAGACUGGUGAAUAUUGCCGAACGUCUUAUGAAAGGUUUGUCUCUGUACCUGUGGAAGCAGCCGCACUUCCAAGCAUUGGUGUCCAGCCUGGUAUUGUCCAAAUGUCUGGUGUGUCGUCUGUGGGAAGACUCGCAGUACGUGGUGAGGCAGCUGCCAGGCAUCGGCCCCGCCUUGGCCGCACUGCUGGUCGGGGCUGGCAAGACAACCAUACAGUCAAUCAUCGAUGCUAAUCCAAGGGAAAUUGAGAUGCUGGUCAACCGACACCCUCCAUUUGGCAACACACUACAGGAGGCGGCGUGGCGUAUACCCAGGUUCUCUCUCUCUCUUGCUCUUGUGGAGGAGGGUGCCCAGAUACAGGUGGCAGUGGAGGCAGUCAACCCAGGACAUAACCAACAACACUCUGUCAGUCUAGUGGUGGGGGACAACAACAACCAGAUCCUGCUGAUCAGGAGAUUCCAAGAUUCAUUUUGGACAUCAAAUAAGCAGUUUUUGACAAAAAUUCCAAAGAAAGUUUGCAAGGAAGCAUCUUCUGUAGAAGCAUAUCUCAUCAGUGACUCAUGGGUUGGCAUUGAUGACAAGGCAUCGCUCUCCCUGACCAAACCUGCAGUCUCCAACAAUAGAUCUGUUGUACAGAAAACUGUCAAUACCAAAACUUUGAAAAAUCAAAAUACUCCAAAACAAAACCAAACCUUGAACCGCAAUAAAGGAAAUCCUAAGUCAAACAGAGGGUCUGUAGAUUUGACUAGAUAUGAAUACAAACCAUCCAAGCAGAUAACAACAAUCAACACUACAGAUGAGAAGUCACAAAAUUACAAUCUUCCAGUUCAUCAAAAGGAACAGGUGGCAGUCCAACCUAAAUCGAAUAACAAUGUAUUUCCUAACGAUGAGGAAGAUAGUCCUGAUUUUGAUUUUUCUGAUGUUUUUGACGAAGCGCCAAAUGAAUCCUCGAAUCAUCAGAGUAACAAUUAUUCCAUGUCACAAGCUCUAACCCAAAGCAGACAACAAUGUGCUCCAGACAGUAUAUUUCUGACCCAACAGUUGCCACAAAGAAACUACAGAUUGGAUCAAAAUGUAUGUAGGAAUAUGGAUUUUCCUGAGCUUAGGCAAAAUGUAGAGGACAACCCUUAUUCCUUUGCACACAAACCAGCAAAUCAAAUGAACCAUUCACAAUUUCAAAGUAGAUAUUUGAAUUCUCAGCAAGAAACCCAAGGUGUUUCAAGCUAUGGAAAUGAACAGUGUUGGAGUCAAAGGUUUGAAAAUAACAAUCAAGCCUCACAAACUUUUGACCGAAGGUGUGAUAAGACUUAUGUAAAUGGAAGUUCUCAGGAAGAAAUUUCAUCCGAGGUUCCAGUUAACAGGCACUUCUCUCAGGAAUCAACUUUGGAACCAACCAAAAAAGACCAGCUGAGAAAAAUGUAUUUGAAUUGGCUUCUGAACAAGCCAGUCGAAAAUGUAAAGAGGGACAGCAAAAGAAGUUAUCUGAAUUCUAAUGAACAAGAUAUUUCAAAAGCAAUUAGUUCAGGUGCCGAAGAUGAUUUUGUUGGAUUUGAUAAUAUUUUUGAUGAGGAAUUAGAAGAUGAUGCAUUGGUUUCCAAUGAAAUCUGUUUACCAGUUGAAACACCACCAGUUAGAAACGUAGAAACAAUAGAACUGUGUAAUGAAACAGAAGAACGCGAGACAAGUUUGGAGGAUGAUGUCAUCAAUGAUUCUAAUGCUCAAGUAGAGACUUCAAUUUCUAACAUGAAACAAAAGGAAAAUAUGGCAAAGGAAGAUGUGUUAUCGCCUUCAAUGGAUGAUGUUUGCUCUUUAAAUCCGCUUGUAUCAGAUGACUUUGUUUCUCAGACAAUUGCCAGCCGGCCAGUUCAAGUGAAGCCUAUAUUUUUCAUGUAUGGACAAUCAAAUAAAUGUUCCAUAGAUGGCUCCUGCGGCAAAUUUAAUGCCAAUGAAGAAAUAAAUUUAGAUGGAGCCGAGAAUUCUGGUGCAACAAAAGAAAAGGAAGUUGUAGCAACUGACGAGCAAAAAGAAGCCACUUGUACCAAAAUUACAUUAAAACAGGAUGAAAAUAUCACCCACCAAACAAAACUUGGUGGUGAUACAAAAGAUACAAGAUCUGACAAUGGUCGUAUUGUAAAAAAUGUUGAAACGGUUGAGCAAAAAAUUGUUGUGAACAAUGAUAUAAAAAAUAACGUACAAACAGAAGCAGAGUCAUAUAUAAAUGAUCAUGAUGGGUGUCAAAACAUAGGGAAUGAAACUGGGCCAAAAAAUCUUCAGUCAAAAACAUUGAAUCUAGAAAGCUUGCCAGCUGAUUUGAGAUAUUUUCCCACCACGGAAAACCAAAAUAGUAAGUUUCCCAUUGCAAUAUCAGGUGGAGAAACAUCAACAGAUAAUUCAAGAUUUGAUCCAAGCAUUGGAAAUAAAAACAAUAAAUUUCCUAAUUCAAAAAUAGAUGAGACAAAGACACUUCUGAAAAGAUCAGUUUUGGAAAACAUAAAUACAGUACAUGCUAAAGUUGAAAAUAGUCAAAAGACUGUGAACAAAAAUGAAAAUCAUCAACUAGAAAGUGAUGGAGCUUUAACAAACAUCAAAGACGGCUUGAGUUCAGAUGAAAAGGUUGUCUCCAAUAAAGGUUAUGGCUGGAAAUAUGAACAAAAAGAAGAUGUUUUUAUAGGCAAUGCCAAGAAGAUCCACAAUGAGGGUACAGAAAUUAAGAAUGCAAUUAAAACUGUUUCUUCACAGGAAAUCAUAUCAACCGACAAAAAAAGAAAAUUUGAAGAUUGGACAACUGACUUUGUAAAAUCAGUUGUGAUUGGAAACAUCAAACUUGACUCAACUGAUUCACUUCAACCAGGAACCAGAUCAGCUGGGGACAUUUCCUCCUCACCUCAAUCAAUUGUCUUUGACAUGCUACUGGGCAAAAGCAAUCAGAAAAGUGUAACAAAAUCAGUUGAUAACCAAUCACAAUCAAACUCCACAUUAAACACGGCCAAACGUCAACGGCUGGAUUUGUGUCAACCUAAACUGAGAAGCAAGAUUAAUUCUUGGGAGGUAAGGAGAUCAUUAAUAAAAGAACCAAUGAUUCCAAAUAUGAAAUCAAGUACUAUGAAUUUUGGUCUUUCUCAAGAGAUUAUUGAUGAAAAGAUGAGAUCUGUGGAAAAAAUAAUGGGACUAGGAGAUUUUAAAAGCAAAUCAGUAAGCAGUACUUUAUCCAAGUUCGAUUCAAAGUCAAUCAAACAGACUUUGACACCUUACUUGUCUCAAAAGCGCAGAGUUGGGGAAAAGAAAUCCAUCACCAGUUCUGCUAGACAAGUGAGUAAUCAUACACCAUCAAGUGCACCAAAAUGUACGAUGACACCUUCUUCUUCUUCGAAGCUCAUAGAAAUUGACUUCUCACAAUACACUUCAGAUCAUAAUAGCAGCAAUGAUCUCAGUUCUCCAGGUGGAAAUUUGUCAAGUUAUAGCUUGAAGUCUUCUACCCAUAGUCACCAGCCAAGAGCAAAGACUUCUAUACCGGUACCAUCUCCUCAGCAAUCUUUGUCGCACGGUCAUUUGCGUUCACCAUUAUCUGAUCAAUAUUUUAAUGUGAUUCAAGCUAAUUCCUCCUCAAACUUCGGCAGUCCAGAGAAAACAUUUGAAUGUGAAAGAAACGAGAAUUCGCUCUCUCCUAUUUGGCCGAAUCCACAAACAAGUUACCAACCCCCAAAAAGAUACGUGACAUCAAAAAAACUAGAUUUGUUUGAUUUUCCAGAAACAAAUGAAUAUUUGUCAAGCAAUCUUCACUCACCAGAAGACAUUUCGUAUUCACCAACAUCAGACCAAGAUGAUUCGCCAAUUCCAGGUGAGUACUCUUGUUUAAUGUUGCUACUUUGUUCCCGAAUCUUAGUUGUAGGCGAUGCCAAUAGACACAUUCUUUUACCUUAACUGUUCGUUUAGAAUGUUGAUCUUUUUAUGGUGAUCUAAAUAAAGACAAUAGUGUAUUACAAUUUAAGAGGCAUGGGCAAACCAGUGGUGUUGUGACUUGUGUGAAUUCUCAUUAAUAAUUUCCUACGCUAACAUCGCUUUCUGCAGCUUAGACGGAUUACAUCUAUGAUUUGAAAUACCCUUUAAUUAACAUGUGUCUCUGUAAUAGUAUGUUUCAUCAACACUAGGCCAAAGAAACACUUUCAAAUAUACAUUUAGAUUUUGACACAGCAUCGGAACUUUUUUAGCUGGCUCUAAUUUAUUACUGUAAAACAGUAUUAUGUUUAAAAUUUUGACAUCGUAGAUGUCUAUACUAAAACAACACAUUUCAACGUGUUGUAUUUUUAUUGAACAUAAUAUCCAGCUACGAGAUAUAUACUUUUCCACCAUGAAACAGUUGCAUU